AUGAGGUUCCUGUCCGCCGUCGUUUCCCUUCUCCUGGCCGUGCCCUGCUGGGCUGUCGUGGGUGUUCAGAAUGCCACCAAGCGAGAACUUAUCGAUCAAAAGCCUUACGUCAAGGCUGGCAUGAUCCCCAUCAACACUACGGGUCAGGAAGCGAUCCCCAUCAACAACACGGGCCAGGAAGCCAGCCCUGUUUCUCGCAAGUCAAUCUUGCCCCCUCCGCAUCCGACCGGCCAUGGUACGGGUGCCCACGCGUUGGCCGGUAUUAAACCGGAAAACACCCCCGAUAUUUUACCUAGAUUUCCCACCUUAUCUUUGGACCUGGGUCCUGUUACGCUUAACUUGUCUGCCAAUUUCGGUGGUUCCGAUCUUUCUAUUCAACCGUCUUUUCGAGAUGGCCUUGUUGUCUACAACUAUGGGCGUGACUCUGGCGGUCCUUCUGUCACUUCUCCUAUAGAUGAGUAUGGCAGCCCACCCGAGCCGACCGCGAUACCUCCUGGCGGAUAUGGCUAUCAAUAUCCCACGAGCACCCAGCAAAGUACUGUUACCGCCACCGUUACUACCACCACGACUGUGUACGGCUCGAUAACGCAGACUGUUUACGUGCAGCCCCAGACCCCUUCGCCCACUGCUUCGCUUACAACCAGUACCCAAUCUUCCGUGAGUGUGACGGCAGGAGAAACACCAUCGGUGAAUGCCACCGUGAUUGUCACGUCCUCGGCUAAGCCCACAUUCACCGACCCUUUCCAGCCAAGUAGCACUGCCCCAGAGCCGGUCGUAAAUUUAGCUGGUUCUACUAAAAAGGCGAACUACUUCCUACUAUUUGCCUCUGCCCUAAUAGCAACCCUGGGGCCGUCGAUUCUGUCACUGCUCUAUGGUAUGGGAUGGCUGGCGACAUCGGGUAACGCACAAAUGGACCGCAAUAUCGCAGGGUUUCACAAACAUGUUACCUCUAAGGAGCAAUCAGUCCGACUGGAUACUAAAUAUGCCCCGGGUCAAUCUGAUAAACCGGACGCUAUUUUCCACGAGGACCACCGAGUGCCGGCGGGCAUGACGGUCUGA